AUAAUAAUAAUAAUAGAAAGAGAAGGUGGGUAGGAGGGAAGCCUCUAUGAAAGUGGUUCGAUCUUCUCUCAUCUUUCGUCAAUGGUGGUGUUCACACGCUAAAUUCUUGUUCUCUUCGCGUUGUCCUUUUCAAUCCCUUCUAUUGUUUCUUUAAAUCACCUAUCAAUCCUCCAACAAUUCUGGUUAUAACCAAUUUCCUCUCAACUCUCACGUGUACCUUGCAUAGGUUUGUUUCUCUUUUUUCUCGAUAAUUUUAACCUCAAUCGGCUUCUGAAAUCCGAGUCUCCCAGGCUGGUCAUCAAGCUUUUCAAUUUUUGUAAAGAAACCCAAUUUUUUUUUUUUUUUUUUCUCUUCUUUUCUCUCUCUGUGUUUUGGAUCAACGGGAUCAAAUUUUGUUUGAUAUUUUGCUCAAAUUUGGAGAUCCAUUUCGUCCUCAGAUCGAGAAAUCCGCAGAAUUGAAGCUUAGAUACGUAAGAAUCGAGGCUUUGUGAUAUCUCUCUUCUUUUUGUGGUUUUGUUCACAAACCCAUUUGAUUGAAAAGGUUGAGAAUUGGAGAUUUGAUUUGAUGGGAAAUUGUUGUGUGACACCAUCUGUUGUUGAUUCUGAUAACAAGCAAAAGGGAAAGCACAAAACUAACCCAUUUGCUAUUGACUAUGGUGCGAACCAUACAUCUGGGAAUGGUAAAUCCAAGUCCUAUGUAUUGGCCACCCCAACUGGUCAUGAAAUUGAGCAGACCUACGUCCUGGGUCGUGAGCUCGGUCGUGGCGAAUUCGGGGUUACGUAUUUGUGUACUGAUAAAUCUUCAGGGGAAGUGUUUGCUUGUAAGUCAAUAUCAAAGAAGAAGCUAAGGACUCAAGUGGAUGUAGAGGAUGUGAGGAGGGAGGUUGAGAUCAUGAAGCAUUUGCCUAAGCAUCCCAAUAUAGUGAGCUUGAAGGACACUUACGAGGACGAAAACGCGGUCCACUUGGUGAUGGAGCUGUGUGAGGGUGGUGAAUUGUUUGAUCGGAUUGUUGCAAGGGGGCAUUAUACAGAGCGUGCAGCCGCUGCCGUGACUAAAACAAUUGUUGAAGUUAUUGAGAUGUGUCACAAGCAUGGGGUUAUGCAUCGGGAUCUCAAGCCGGAGAACUUUUUGUUUGCAGACAAGAAGGAAACAGCACCCUUGAAAGCAAUUGAUUUUGGGUUGUCGGUGUUCUUUAAGCCUGGUGAGAGAUUUAAUGAGAUUGUAGGAAGUCCUUACUACAUGGCUCCUGAGGUGCUAAAACGAAACUAUGGUCAAGAAAUAGAUAUCUGGAGCGCUGGAGUAAUCCUCUACAUCUUACUUUGUGGUGCCCCCCCAUUUUGGGCAGAAACUGAACAAGGAGUUGCCCGAGCAAUCAUUCGGUCUGUUGUAGACUUUAAGAAAGAUCCUUGGCCCAUAGUUUCUGAAAAUGCAAAAGACCUUGUAAAGAAGAUGCUCAACCCUGACCCUAAGCAACGGCCUACUGCUCAGGAAGUGCUCGAUCAUCCUUGGUUGCAAAAUGCCAAGGCAGCUCCGAAUGUCUCUUUAGGUGAAACUGUGAGAGCAAGGCUCAAGCAAUUCUCAGUAAUGAACAAGCUCAAGAAAAGAGCUCUAAAGGUGAUUGCUGAGCAUUUGUCGGUGGAGGAAGUGGCUGGCAUAAAGGAGGGAUUCCAAUUGAUGGAUACCGACAACAAGGGGAAGAUAAAUAUUGAUGAGCUAAGAGUAGGGUUGCACAAGCUUGGCCAUCAUAUCCCUGAUGCAGAUAUUCAGAUUCUUAUGGAAGCUGGUGAUGUAAAUAACGAUGGAUAUCUAGACUGUGGAGAGUUUGUAGCAAUUUCUGUUCACCUAAGAAAGUUGGGUAGUGAUGAUCACCUUCUUAAAGCAUUUGAAUUCUUUGAUCAAAAUCAAAGUGGGUAUAUAGAGGUCGAAGAGCUAAGGGGUGCCUUAGCUGAUGAAGUUGACACCCACAACGAUGAGGUCAUCAACGCCAUUAUGCAAGAUGUGGACACAGACAAGGAUGGACGUAUUAGUUAUGAGGAGUUUGCUGCAAUGAUGAAGUCUGGCACAGAUUGGAGAAAGGCUUCAAGACAAUAUUCACGAGAACGGUACAAUAGUCUCAGCCAGAAUUUGAUGAAGGAUGGAUCAUUGCAGUUAAACAGCGAGAGUAGCUAACUCAAGGAAAGAAAAUUGCUUGUUGAUAAGUGAAAAUUAAAUAAAGAAAAAAAUGUAAGUUUUCUUUUAUUUUGGCCAUCAAAAUUUUUUUUUCCUUCAAUAGGGCCUGGGUGUAAAAUAUGUCCUUUUAAAUUUUAUGUAUGUUUCAUUUGUUUGGAUAGAGUUGCAGAAGUUUAGUGAUGGUCGAGAGAGGUGGUUAUUUGGGGGUGUAUAUAUGUAAGCAUAUCUAUAUUUUUUAUAGUAAAUUCAUGAUGAGGCUUUUGUAAGCUGACCGACUCUUGUCAACAUACUUUGUUUAUAUAUGGGAAUGUAUAUAAGGCAUCUCCAUCAAGUUUGAGAA